CUCUGCCUCUGUGCCUCUCCAGCCUCUCUGCCGCUCCGGCUCAGCAGUGCGCGCCUGACAACUCAUCCUCAGCGAGUUGGAGGUGCUCUCGCUCGGAGCAGCAAACACACAAGACAAAGACAACCUGAAGAUGUCCACGUACGCGACCUCCGAGUGCCGCCGGGUCAGCCCGUCUGUCCACGGCAACAAGUUCGACACGGCGCACCGCAAGAAGGCGGUGGCCAACAUCUUCGAGAGCGUGAACCAGGACGCGCUGAUGAGGCUCUUCCAGAAGACUGGUGACAUGAAGGCGGAGGAGCGAGUGAGGAGCAUCUUCUCCUACACCAUGGACCCGGAGCAGACGUCCCGGGCCCUGAUGGCUCUGAAGCAGCGCAAGAAGGACAAGUUCCUCCAGAUCGCGGGGAUGGUCCGACAGCUGCUCAACCUGCGAUGACCUGGCGGGGUGGGAUCUCCCUUCUACGGGCUCGUGUGUGAGCCGAAUGUGAAAACACUCAGUGCUGGGUUAUAGCCCUAUGGUUAUAGCACUGGUCGCCUGGGAAAGGUGCGUGAAGGUGCGCGGAGCUGGUGCCGCCGUGCGCCGCCCGGAGGACUCCGUGCCUCGGCUGUGGCCUCGUGGACGGAGGCGGCAGCGGAGAGUCCUGCCCGGGGCGGAUGGCUCGGGAUGGAGCCAGUGGGAAUACGAAGGGCAGCCACGUCUUCCUUUUUGAGACUUGAAUUGAUGAAUGCACUCCUGUGGAUGCGUGACCGUGGAGCUGCACCGUGCGCAGCGGCACAGCACCGGGCUGAUGCUGCUGCACAGCUGCAAUAUGAGACUUUGUGCCGAAUGCCUGUCCUGAACACAUGCCUUGUCUCGCAGCUUCUCUUUGUUAUAUGAUCAGAAUUCAUUGGUGGCCACUAAUGUGUUAUUUUCACUGAAAUGUUACAGCACAAUGAUUUCUAAUGUUCCUUUAUUUGUCAUUUUUAAUAAAUUAUUGAACUCUUGUCUACAAAAGCAAAA